AUGCACAAGAAGGAGGUCGUCGAAGCUGUUACCGUCAUCGAAACCCCUCCACUCUGCAUUGUUGGUGUCGUUGGAUACGUUGAGACCCCUCGUGGUCUUCGUACUCUGACCACUGUCUGGGCAUCGCACUUGUCAGACGAGCUGAAGCGUCGCUUCUACAAGAAUUGGUAUCGAAGCAAGAAGAAGGCCUUCACCAAAUACGCAAAGAAGAUGUCUGAUGAGGCCGGAAAGAAGAAUCUUGAGCGUGAACUCGAGAGAAUCCGCAAAUACUGCACAGUCGUUCGAGUCUUGGCUCACACUCAAAUUCGUAGGACUGGACUGAAGCAGAAGAAGGCGCAUCUCAUGGAGAUCCAAGUCAAUGGCGGAAGCAUUCCCGAUAAAGUAGCCUUCGCGGCUGGUCUAUUCGAGAAGGAAGUUGAAGUGUCGACUAUUUUUGAGCAAGAUGAAGUGGUCGAUGUUAUUGGUGUCACUAGGGGUCAUGGAUUUGAAGGUGUAACGGCUCGCUGGGGAACAAAGAAGUUGCCCCGAAAGACCCACAAAGGUCUCAGAAAAGUUGCUUGUAUUGGAGCUUGGCAUCCAAGCAAGGUCAUGUUCAGCGUUGCUCGUGCUGGUCAAAAACUCAACAAGAAGAUCUACCGUAUUGGAUCUGGGACAGAUGCCAAGAACGGUUCUACAGAUGCUGAUGCCACAGACAAGACGAUCACACCACUUGGUGGCUUCCCGCACUAUGGCAUUGUCAAGAACGACUUCGUGAUGCUCAAGGGUAGCGUUCCCGGAACAAAGAAGCGUGUUUUGACUAUCCGAAAGAGUCUUAUGGUACACACAUCCCGACGAGAUUUGGAGAAAGUACAAUUGAAGUUCAUCGAUACGUCCUCCAAGUUUGGUCAUGGCAAGUUCCAAACUGUGGAGGAGAAGGGUGCUUUCCUGGGUCAACUCAAGAUUCGCGAAUAA